GGAAAAGUGUAUGACUGCUGCGUGUGGUAGCGAUUUUGCCAUCCUCCGAUAUUUCUUAAAUUUUCAAGUUCCUGGAGGCUGCUAGGAAGCAGGAAAGUUUUCCAAAAUGUUAAGUUCGAGUGAAGUGCGGUGAUUAGGAUUAAAAAUCACGCGAGGAUUACAGAUUAUAAGUGUUUUACGAAAAGGUCAUAUCUGCGAAUCAUCGGACGCGUCGUCGAUUGCCUCCUGAAAUUGGACAUUGCGACUGUCCGUUAUCAAGAAACACGGAACUUAACAGCAGAUUAAAUAAUGACUACCAACUUGAUGCCAGGAGCAUCGGCAACCAUUGCUUCGACUCUUAAUAAUAUGACGACAGCAACUGUAACGAAUGCUGUUAAAAAUUUAACUGCAAAGGAUGAGGAUAUUGAACCAACUCCUAUAUUUCUACAAACGAAAGCAGCACAGGGUCUUGCAGGAGCGUUUGUCGCAUUAGCUCUUUUCCUAACUUGUCAACAAAUUUAUCAUCACCUGAGGUGGUACACGAAUCCAACAGAGCAGCGAUGGAUAGUCAGAAUUUUAUUCAUCGUGCCAAUCUACGGCUCAUAUUCGUGGAUCUCUCUGAUGUUCUUCAACAGCGAGAGUUACUACGUGUACUUCUUCACAGUGCGAGACUGCUACGAGGCUUUUGUAAUAUACAAUUUCCUGUCGUUGUGCUACGAGUACCUCGGAGGAGAGGGCAAUAUUAUGUCGGAGAUUCGAGGCAAGCCGAUCCGUUCCAGCUGUCUUUAUGGGACCUGCUGCUUGGUUGGGAAGACCUACACCAUCGGUUUCCUACGAUUCUGCAAGCAAGCGACUCUGCAGUUUUGUCUGGUUAAACCCGUGAUGGCCUUUGUCAUCAUAUUCCUGCAAGCUUUCGGACAUUACCGAGAUGGUGACUGGUCUCUCGAUGGUGGAUACAUUUAUAUUACGUCCAUCUACAAUAUCAGCGUUACCCUCGCCUUGUACGGACUCUUUCUCUUCUAUUUUGCUACACGAGACCUGCUCACCCCCUACGAACCGGUUCUCAAGUUCUGCACCGUCAAGAGCGUCAUUUUCUUGUCCUUCUGGCAAGGUGUGCUCUUGGCUAUAUUGGAAAAAGCUCAGGUCAUUUCGCCUGUAAUUGAUAGCUUAGGGCAUUCAACUGGAGCAGGUACUGUGUCUGCUGGCUACCAGAAUUUUCUGAUUUGUAUCGAGAUGCUUUUCGCCGCGAUUGCCCUGAAGUAUGCUUUCCCGUACCAAAUUUAUGCAGCUGGUUGCGUCACGGACUCGAGAGGACGUAGUGUGACAAUGCAAAGUAUUAGCAGCAGCCUAAAGGAAACUAUGAAUCCAAAAGACAUUAUGACUGAUGCCAUCCACAACUUUCAUCCGCAGUAUCAACAAUACACUCAGUACAGCUCUGGAGGCACAAAGGGCCAGCGAGGUAUGCGCGUAUCCAGCUACGAUCCAGACGAUCCUCAGAACAUGCCAGUUCCACCACCUCAGAGACGCAACACAUCUCAUCAACGUGUCGCCACCAUCUCCCAGAAUUAUAACGAAAAAACAAUGUUACUCAGCAGCGACGAGGAAUUCCAGUAAAAAGCAAAAAAGGAAAGCAGCAGAAAAAAGUCAAAUUCAAAGGCUUCUUACUUGAAGUCUUUUUCAUCGAGCGCAGUCUGAAUGAUUUUUUUCUAAAAGAAAAUGAGAACUCAGCUUUCGAAAUACUAUUUGUAAACUUUGUUUUUCUGUGUACAUAUUAUCGAUUGUAAUUUGUAAUUUGCAUUCUCCUCUAUCUCAGGAAGAAGCAGAGGAGGGUAAGACGAAACUGAAUGAAACAGGUUCGAACCAUGAAUCGUAUUGUAAUAGUUCCAUAAUGUUAUAUUCAUGUUAACAACAUCGUUAUGUUACGCAGCGUAAGAUAGUAUAGAAAAUAUUUAUUUUAAUACGCUCACACGUUCGAAGCGGUGUUACUCGUUUUCUUGGGCGUGGUGCCACAAAUCGUCUUGCCUAAUUUUUAAGGCAACGCUUCUGCGUACAGUAUUGUUUUAUUUUUUUAUUUUUCAAAUGCAGUCAUUUUCAUUUAAUAUAAAGUAAGAAUUUGAAGACACCCGAAAUGUAGAAGUUGGAAAACAGUUUUGAAAAGUCAAUUUUAUUAAGUACCAAUUUUCGUGUGCGCUUUGAGUUUUUUCUUGAAUCAGAUAAUUAUUUAGGAAUGUUAAAAUUAAAUGUUUCUUUAAAGCAAAAGAAUCUAAAAAUGUUUAGAAUACUAAUUUAUUGUGAAAUAUUAAGAAAAAAGUGUUCCGAAUUCGCAUUUCGCUUUUCUUUACAAUAGUUUUCAGCAGAAAAACAUUUAAUGAAAAUACUCAUCCCCAUCAAAAACAAUUUUUCAAGCGUGGGCUUUCCGAAUUUCAAACAAUUACGCUUACUGGAGGCAUUUAAAUUUGUUUGCAACGCAUUUAAAAUUUUUUUGCAACGCCCGAUACUUUGGUAAAAGUCUCCACGCUAUGUCGUGAGGAUAACAAACAACUCUUAAUGUUGCAAGAAAUACUGUGUUAAUGUGAAACGUUUUUUCAUUUCACGACAAAUCACUGUCAAUUUUCACGCUUCAAGACUUCGACAUCGACUCAGUACUUAUUAUUAUUAAAUAGUGACAAUUAUUAUUGUAGGACUUUGAGUCUUGUAAUUUGUGUUAUUUUUUUUUAUAAAUAGAUUUCUUCUGUAUGCAAGUUUUAAUCGUUUCUCACAAUCAUAACCAUUUAUUUUCUAAAUUAUUUUGUUUAUUAAUCAGAAUUUGCUUUGAGCUUUUCUCUCUGAUCUAUUAGCUUUCUACUACCGAAGAAAUCGUGAUUCGAAAGAUGCAAAAGGUACUCAUUAAGUCAUAAAACUACAUUCGCGUCCUAGAUUGAAAAAAAACACUAUUAAAUGUAUAUACUAUAUAUAUCGUUAUUAUAGAUUGUAUGUAAUAACGUGAGCAAAAAUGGACACUAAUGAUUUUUCUUUAACAAUUUCGAAUCUAUGAAAGCCGUGGGUGGGAGUUUAUGGGAGUGAGAGUGACGAACGAUAAAUAAAAAUGUGUCUGAGAUAAAUAAACUAUCGAUACCUGGCAA